UUUACGUGCGUCAUGUAGCUACGUCGCGACGCGCAUAUGUUGUUCCGCACAAGCCUAUACGGGUACAAGUGACGGGCUGACGGCGCGAUCCCCAAUUUUUUCGCUCUUCCGCCGUUCCGCGUCUUCUUCACGCGCCCAGUAACAGUACGACGCUUCGCGUGUGUGGGUGAUCGCCACGUUGAACGCCGAGGGACAUCAUUUCUACCGGUGCGUGUACGACGCUUCCUAUGUGUGAGUGAUCGCCAUCCUGGACGCCGGAGACACCAUUUCUGCUGGUGCGUGUACGACGCUUCGUAUGUGUGAGUGAUCGCCACGUGCCGUACGCUGAGAGACAUUAUUUCUGGUGCGUGUACGUACGUACGUGUGUGUGUGUAUAUGCGACACUUUUCGCUUGCCAGCUUUUACUGUACAUUAUAGAUUUUAAAUCAAAUACUUAUCGACUUUAUUUGUGCACUGUGAAUCAUAAGCAUGGAGUAUAAGUACAGAUUAGUGGUGUUUAUUAACGCGAAGAAAAAGAAAGAAAUUGAUAUAGUGCCUGCAACGUGGCUUCACUGCGACCAAAAAACUGAAACUUUACUCUGUAAAUUCAUGCCGCCGCCUUACAAUGCAGAGAGAAGAAAAAAAUUAAUACACAUGACAAAAACAUGUGAAUUACCCGAGGAAGAAUGGCCAAAUUAUCCUGUGGAUCUAGUAGGAAGAGCAUGCACUUACGAAGAAGGUGAAGAUAAAGUUAUAAGGUUAGAAAAUAAACCUUAUGCAUAUUCGACUGAUAAUGAAAUCAGAGCAAAAAAUAAAGCACACGAGGAUAAAAGAAAUUUUAAAUUUAAAUCAGUCUCAAAUAUGUGUCUAGAAAUGGAGAAAAUAAAUGUUGACUUAAAUACAAGUAUGGAUAAUCAAUGUCUGAAUAUGCCAUUCCAAAGUGAAGUUGAAAAGUUCUCCGAUUCUUCAAAUGAAAAUUUAAAAGAAAGGAUAAAAAAACACAAAUCUUCAAGAGACGAGACUUUAUUACAUAAUGAAGCAUUAAAGAAAAACAAGAAAAAUAUAAGAUUAUUUGACUCUGAUGGUAAUACUGAAACUGAUAUGGAAAUGACGGUACAUCAAAGCAACAAAAAAUAUAUGAGAAAAGAAAUUAAAGAAUUACAAAAGAAAGAAAUAUCAAAUAAAUCUUUUCUUCCACAAAAAGAGCAUUUGAAUGAGAAUAAUUACGAAGAUCGUAUGUGUAAGAAAGCCAAAGAAUAUUACAGAAGUUUGUCAAAAAAAAUUGCAAAUUUACAAAGAGAUAGUGAAAUUGUCACUAUCAGUAAAAGAAUUACAGCAAAGUUUUGAAGAAUCAAGAGAAAAUAAUAAUUUAUUUCUUUUUCCUGAUGGUGAAAAAGAUGACGAAUUCCCUCUUCCAUGCCAAACAUACGAGCAAUUCGAGGAAUUAGACGGACAAUUAACGACAA